CAAGUCAAAUGGAUUGCAGACCCUUCCAUUUCCAUUUUUCCUCUUUCGGCCGCUAACUCCAGUGAGUUAGACCAUUAACUAUGGAUCUCUGAACCCCACUGCCCCGCCGCAUCAGAUCAACCAUCCCCCGACCUAGCCCCUCCGCCGAAUCGGAAACCGAACCCCUGCGGCGGCGCCACCUCCGCCGCCGCUGUCAGAACCCCCCCUCUCUCUCUCCUCCACCGCCAGCAACCCCACCCGCAUCGGAAAAUGCCUCCGCCCGGCACCACCUCCUUCCUCCUCCUACUACUAUACACCAUCCAGUUCUCCGCCGCCAACUCCGCCGCCCCGAUCCUGGGACUGGACACCUUCCUCAACCACCAGUACCGCCGCGACCCACAAGCCACCAAUGACUCAUUCCUCUCCCUGCCCUCAUCCCUCAAAUCCUCCCUCUCCCACCUCCACCCGCCGUCCUCCUCCUCCCUGAUCUCCUCCCUCCUCUCCCUCACCCUCUCCCUCCCCGUCCAUGUCCGCCUCGUCGGCCAUUCCUUCCCCUCCGAUUCCUCCUCCCUCCUCUCCUCUUUCCUCUCCGCUGCCUCCCUCCCUUCCCACCACUUCCACGUCAUCUCCCCCUUCACCUCCCAGUCCCACCGUCUCUCCCUCAGCCACUCCCCCCACCUCGACGUCUCCCAUGCGCCCUCCCUCGCCUCCGCCCUCUCCGACGCCCUCAAGGCGGAGGUCGCUAAAACCCCGUCUUCCCUCCGGUCCUCCCUCCUCCCGAUCCCGCACUCCCUCGUCGACGAGAUGGUCCGGCACGACUUCGAGAAGCAGAAGCCCGUCGAGGGCGUCUACAUCUAUUUCCUCAAUCUCGGCCCUCAAUCGAAGCCCUAUGCCUAUUCCUACACCCCGGGCGACUCCUCCCCCGGGUUCACUAAGUGCACCGGUAGCAUCUGGACCGGCAAGGACCGGUACAUCUGGGUCGACUUGGCUGCGGGGCCGGUUGAUUACGGGCCUGCCCUUUCGGGCGAUGGCGUGCUCCCACGCGGCGAAUUCCACCCCCUAGCAGCGCUUCAUGGGCGGCCCAAGUCCCACAAGGCCCUCCUUGCGGAUAUAGCGUCUCUUGUCUGGAGCGCGUAUGAGGUAUUGGUUGUCCCUCCCUUGAGAAUCCCUGUCCCGUUCGAGAGUUCGUUGAUUGUACAAUUUGUUCAUGUCUUUAGUGGUGAAAGCAAAGACUUGAAUGGGUUGGAUUGGAAAAACAUUGAGAAAGUAUUCAUGGAUGAGGUCAAUGAUGGAGCAUUGCUGUUGGGUGAUCAGUCACUGAGGUUUAAGCCUUACUCUGUGAGCUACAAGGAGUGCUCGAUUUGUUCCUUUGCGAUUUCGAAGUCAAUCAAUUCAUACACAUCGAGGUUCUUGUUCGAUAAUUAUACCUUGAUUGUGAGCGAGUAUCUGGACUCGAAGAGGUUGCACCAAAUACUAUCUGAUUCGGCCGAGGAGUUCCGGAGGGUUGCAGAGAUCCCGGAGGAAGAUGAUUUCGGCAGGGUUCUCCCUGUUUAUGUGUUUGAUUUGGACUACAGCACGAUGCUGUUGCUCGAUCGGUACCACCAGUCAGUUUCUUUCAAGGAUAUGGUGAUUGCUGUUAGAACAAAGAACACCCAAACUGUGAGUGAUUAUAACUGCAAUGGGCGUCAUGUAUUUACUCAGACGAGGGAGCUCGAGAGGCCACUCGUGGGCUCGAUACUGCAGAGCAUGUGGGGGGUCUCCCCUACCCAUUUGACAUGGAGCGCGCGGCACAAUAGUACAUUAGUUGAUUACUCUUGGAGUGUGGGACAGACUCCAUUUGGGCCUUUCUCAGAGAUGUCGACCCUGUCCUUUGCCCAGAAGGACGCAGCCCGAAGAAAUGUGUUGCUGACUUCUCUAAAUUAUAGUAUAUCGAGUGCAAUCGAUGUUCUUGAUUCCGUGGCUGCUCAUGGUGGGGAGAGGAAGCUAUUGAAGCAUAACCAAUAUGUUGAGUUUGUGCAGAGGUGGAGCUUGUUCAAGUACAAGCUUGACAAGGCUGUCUCGGCUCUGUCACACUUCGACUUUGAGCUCGCCCUCUACUAUCUGAGGUCAUUGGAUCACGAUCUCUAUGGGGCCCACGCCAUUGUUUACCAUGCCUCCCAGGAAUUAGAGGCCUCUCUCGCCUGUUUCAAGGACCCACCUUUUCCUUGGGCCACAGUUUCAGUUUAUGCGGUAUGUGUUGUUGCUUUUAUUUAUGUGUACAUGAAACGUGACAAGCUCUUUAGGAAUAAGAGGAAGCAGUUUUGAUGACGAUGAUGAUUGAUGCUCGGAGGAUCAAAUCUCUGGCUUGUGUAAAAUCAGAAGGAGAGAGGAUACAUGUAGUUGCUUAGAAAGUUCUAAGUCUAUUUCAGUCAGAAUACUUACUUCCAGCUCUCUUCGUGCUCGGAGACUGACCUUUACCUUUUCUUGUGUCUCAUCAUUUCGAUGUUCUGUUGAAAUUUCAUGAUUCGCUCGAUCAAUGUUGCAUAUCUCUGCGAGCACCCGUACUUACUCUUGAUUUCUUCAUUUUAUAUGUAGAAAUCUAAGUCUUUCGGCAAGA